CGGUGUUGGUUGGUGUUGACUGUUGGUCAUGAAAAAGUUAGUUCGCUGAACGAUCGCACGACUUUACAAACUUUAAUGAAUAAGUUAGUGAAAUAAAAACAUUCUUAGAAGACCCAAUGAAACUUCCAGUAUAACAGAAUCAAUACAGAAUAAAUUAGAAUGGAACCGUCAUGUUCACAUUCUAAGUGCGACGUGUUUGAGAGAAGCAAAGUGUCAUAUGAAAACAAUGUAGAAAAUAAGACUGGUAGAUCCAACAGUUUAGGUGAAAAUUCAAGCAGCAUAUGUGAUGUUAGGCAAAAAAUUGAUGAUUUAGAACGCGAGGACUUCGAAGAGGAGAACAGAAUGUUGAAGCACUGUUCUAGUAUGAUAGUAGAUGAUGAAAUAGAAGGCUCAUCACGUUACUCAGGAAAUCUAUCCAGUGCCAACUCGAGUCUAACAUCCAGUUCAGAAACCAUAUCAACCUUAUCUAAUAUGAUGGCCAAUGACUUCAGCUUGCCCGGCUGCAGCAAAAGUGAAGACUGUGAGGGCAGCGAUGCCACUAUAAAGAGUAUGAUACACUCACGGACACCACACUACGAAGAACCGAAGACACCAAAGAAGGUUGAUUUUAUGCAAAAGUUAUUAAGCAGUAAUAUAGAAGAGAAGAAGGACUUUCCUAAAGGCAAGCUUUACAAGGGAGAUUUGUUAGAGACCUCCGGGGACACUGACAUGUGUGAUGGUAUAAGUGGAUCAACAAGUCGGUCUAGCUCCAACGCCUCAAGCACAAGUUGUGACAGCAAAGAGUUUACAGUUCCUUCUACAUCUAACGCCGAGAAGUUAUUGGGUUUGGACGACAGUAGUAAGAGAAACGGCAGUGGAAGCUCUAAAUCUUCGAGCUACCAGUACUGCGAUGGUGAGGAAGAUUCCGACUCCGACAUUCCCGAGGAAUCGUGGUGCACGUGCCUGUCAUCUCACGAGGACGAUGAUGAUGAUGACGAGCCGGAACAUGAUGAAAGGCUAUGGAGAAAAAGAAGAUACGAGCCCCCACCGCCGCAGUCCGCAAAGAAGUUCUGCCCAGACGGUAGCGUUAUGACAAGUUCGGGGUCCGAAUGGUCCGCCAUCCACUCAAGCAUCUCGCUACAAAACGCUAACCUUCAGGGACCUCCUGAUAUGAAGCAAUGGCUACAAAGGUUCCUCCAGUGGUCCAAUGGUGAGAAGACUCAAGUGAUAGAUGCUUUCAUUAACCUUUGCUCACCGAGUCACGUUCGCUACAUGAUGAAGUCAAUCGAGCCGCUGUUCCAAAGGGAUUUCAUCUCUCUACUGCCCAAGGAAUUGGCACUUACCGUGCUAGGAUAUUUGCAGCCUAAAGAUCUCCUCCGCGCCGCACAGACUUGCCGUUAUUGGAGGUUCCUUGCAGAUGACAAUCUCCUUUGGAAAGAGCAGUGUCGUCGCGUUGGCCUAACAACUCUCAAGAAGAUGCCCAGAUCGUUUCCACGUUAUGAGAGUCCCUGGAAGACAGCCUUUAUGCGUCAGUCCAUGAUCCAAGAAAACUGGCUCCACAAGCCAGUGGUCACCCCGAUAGUGAUGCGAGGUCACGAUGAGCACGUCAUUACUUGCUUGCAGUUUUAUGGCAACCGCAUACUCAGCGGCAGUGAUGACACCACGCUUAAAGUCUGGUCGGCCAUUAAUGGGAAGUGUCUUCGCACGCUCGUCGGUCAUUCUGGAGGUGUUUGGUCGUCCCAAAUGGUGGGCGAUCUGGUCAUCAGCGGUUCCACGGACCGAACCCUUCGUGUCUGGAGCGCUAAGACAGGUCACUGCUUGAAGGUUCUUGCCGGGCACACAUCCACCGUGCGCUGCAUGCAUCUUCAUCAGAACAAGGUGGUAUCAGGGUCGCGCGAUGCAACGCUACGCGUAUGGUCGAUCCCGGACGGUCGUUGUCUGCGCGUACUGGUCGGCCACUUAGCGGCGGUACGCUGCGUGCAGUACGACGGCAAAGUCGUAGUUUCCGGCGCGUACGAUUACUUCGUCAAGGUGUGGAAUCCGGAGACCGGGGAAUGCCUGCAUACGCUUGCUGGACACACAAAUAGGGUCUAUAGCUUACAAUUCGAUGGCGUCCACGUAGUGAGCGGUUCUCUAGACACCUCAAUUCGCGUUUGGGACGUUGAAUCCGGUCAACUGAAGCACACGUUGACCGGCCACCAGUCGCUAACGUCUGGUAUGGAGUUGCACUCAAAUAUACUGGUGUCUGGCAAUGCGGAUUCCACUGUCAAAGUGUGGGACAUCACUACUGGGCACUGUCUGCAUACUUUGUCUGGCGUGAACAAGCACCAGUCGGCUGUGACCUGCCUCCAAUCCAGCAAUCGCUUCGUGAUCACCUCCUCCGACGACGGCACCGUGAAGCUAUGGGACGUCCAGACAGGUGAAUUCAUACGUAACCUCGUGGAACUGGGCUCGGGGGGCUCCGGCGGCGUCGUGUGGCGCAUCCGGGCCUCCGCCACCAAGCUGAUCUGCGCCGUCGGCUCCCGGAACGGCACUGAGGAAACCAAACUGCUCGUAUUGGACUUCGACGUGCCCGGCGCUUGUAGGAAAUGCGACGAAUAGCAUCGACUUAACCGGCGCAUAGUGCGUCGAUACGCUAACAUGUACGCACCGUGGAGCUGCUAAACGCAUUUACGACCGCCGCUAUCUGACGACUAUGAAGUCCACGCGACAAACGUUCGUUUUUCAAACUCGGAUAGUAAUUUGACGUUUCAAAUUUUGAAUGUUAAAAUCUCAUAAAUAGUGAUGUGCCGCAGUUAUGUUAAAUAUAGUUUUUGAAUGUAUCUUUUGCUAAACUUUUUUUACCGUUCACACCUAGUGGAAGGGCAGUGUGUGAAAAACCAUGAUACAUUUUACUAUCCCUUGUUAAUUGUAACUAUUUUUAAUUUAAAAUUUAUUUUAUAGAAUAAAAUCUCAUAAAAAUGGAAAAUAUAGUAACGUAACUUGGUCUUGUUUUGUUUAUUUUAUGGUUUAAUUAUUAAAUUGAUUUGAGACAUCACUUGGACUAAGCAGACAAUAAACAGAUACAAACAUAUUUUUAGAGAUUGACAUUUGCAACUGUCAGAUUACUAUCUGGAAUUAAAAAAACUUAACUUGACGUAUUGCCGACGAGAUCAUCUAGUUCAUUUUUUUUACCUGUCUUAUAAUGUAAACAAUUUUUGACAUGGUCAGUGUUUAAUGUAUGCUUUAACAAUAUUAAUUACAAAAAAAACAAUGUGAUCAGCUCUAUGAAUGUAUGUAACAUUUGUUAUGCAUUUUAUAAUUACAUUUUUUUGUAAACAUACUAUACACUAAUGUAAUGACUAGGUUGUGUACAUUAUAGACAGUGAAGAAAAAUGGAGUUGUACGCAUCUACAGCAAAACUAUAAUAAUGCAAACACCAAACCCAAACACAAUUUACAAAUGUUGACAUUAAUUUGAUGUAUUUAAAUAUUGCAUUGACA